AUGAUUUUACAAGUGAAAGUAUAUCUAAUUGCUGCAAUCUAUUCUUUAGGCAUUUUAUUUAUGAUUUUAUAUCCGCCUCGCAACUAUGAACAGUCUGGAACUAAAAUGAGAAAAAUAAGAAGUGCUGGUAGCAGUAUUAAGUAUCGGAAGUACAUCGACUAUGAUACAAUGGUUAGUAUUUUAUCGCGCAUGGCGACCGAGGAUUCUGAGAUGGCUAAUAUUGUACAUCUAACUCCAAUGACUUCUGCAAAUAAUAGUAUAAUUGCUCUUGAACUGCAUAGUGAUACACGGAGCAAGAAACCAGGCGUACUCGUCGUAUCAGCUAUAAAUGGUAUGGUUUGGGGAGGGCCUAAUGCCGUUAUUGAGUUAGCAGAGAAACUCAUAUAUGAUACAAACUAUCAGACGCCAUUUUUUAAUGAUUAUGACUGGUAUUUUAUACCCCUAGCAAACCCCGAUGGUUUGAACUUUACAACAAAUAUUCGCAACUUAACUCCAUUGAAUGCUAUGGAUUGGUCUCGAAAUCUAACCGCUAGGAACGGCACAAGACCCGCAUUUUGGCAUAAAAAUAUGGAAUCAUCUUUUGAUUCCUGUUUUGGAACUAACAUUAACCGUAACUUUGCAUAUCAUUGGCAAGACGGGGUCUCAAAGAAGAUAAACUGCUCUCAAUUCUAUCCUGGCUCGAAACCAUUCUCGUCAGCUGAAACACAAGCACUACGCUCGUAUAUAGACAAAUUAGCUGAUGUAAUAAACAUCGCCAUACAUUUAGAUGCAAGUUUUGUACCAAAAAAGGAAUUCAUUCUAUAUCCCUGGCGGUAUUCAUUACGUCAGCCGAGCAAUUUUCGUACAUUACAAGACAUUGGAGAAUAUGCGGCGCGUCAGGCUAGACUACCUGACGGUAGACUUUAUGAGGUUCAUCAAAGCAGCAACGACGAGCGAGUUGCCGGAUCACUGACUGACUAUAUAUCUGGGGUCGUGGGAAUUGAACUGGUCUUCCUUGUUAAGCCAUAUCACGAGAUUUUUCCUAACUACACGGACAGUUUUAUAUUAGAGACCUACGUCAAGAAAUCCAUAUCGGCUAUUCUUAGUUUGGUCCGCGGUUGGAGGAGCAGCGACAAACAAAACACACUCUCCUUCUUCGGAGAAGACAUUGAAUUCUAA